CUGCGACGCCCGCUCCCGCUCUCACUAGUCGAACGGUGCCCGACCGGUAACGUAGCGCCGACUGCCGAUCGAGAGACGAACCAGCGACAAUGUCCGCCAUGGCGAAGACUUCCAAGUACACCUACCGCAGCAGCGGCGGUGGCACCACCGACGUUAACAUCGAGUACAGCGCCGACCUGAGUGCUCUCUCCAGGCUGGAGGACAAGAUUCGUCUCCUCCAAGAUGAUCUGGAAUCCGAAAGGGAGCUACGUCAGAGGAUCGAAAGGGAGAAGGCAGAUUUGAGCGUGCAAGUAAUCCAGCUCUCGGAGAGGCUGGAGGAAGCUGAGGGCGGAGCUGAAAGCCAGUUCGAGAUCAACAGAAAACGUGAUACCGAGCUGACCAAACUCCGCAAGCUUCUGGAAGAUGUCCACCUGGAGUCAGAAGAAACCGCUCACCUCCUCAAGAAGAAGCACCAAGAGAUUGUGGUUGACUUCCAGGACCAAAUCGAUAAACUCACCCACAGCAAAAGCAGAGUCGAGAAAGAAAAGGCUAAAUUCCAAGCCGAAGUUUACGAGCUGUUGGCCCAAGUGGAGAACGUAACAAAGGAGAAAAUCUCAAUCUCCAAGACUUGUGAAAAACUCGAAAUCACUAUCAGUGAACUCCACGUUAAGAUCGAAGAACUGAACCGUACUAUUGUUGAUAUCACAUCUCACAAGCAGCGCCUGUCCCAGGAGAAUGUUGAGCUCAUCAAGGAAGUUCAGGACCUUAAGGUGAACAUUGAGAACGUCGUGUACCUUAGGAGCCAGUUGGCAAGCCAGCUCGAGGACGCGCGUCGUAGGCUCGAAGACGAUGAGAGGAGGCGCUCUCUGCUCGAGGCCAACCUACACCAGGUUGAAAUCGAUUUGGAAUCGGUUCGCGUGCAAUUAGAAGAAGAGUCUGAGGCGCGUUUGGACCUUGAGCGCCAAUUAGUCAAAUCCAAUGGCGAAGUUCAGCACUGGAGGUCCAAGUACGAAGCUGAGGCUGCGGCAAGAGCUGAAGAAAUCGAGGAGAUCCGCCGCAAGUACUCCAUCCGCAUCCAGGAACAAGAAGAACAAAUCGAGACCCUCAUCGCCAAGAUCAGCAACGUUGAGAAGCAGAAGUCCCGUCUUCAGUCUGAGGUUGAAGUGCUCAUCAUCGACCUGGAGAAGGCCAACGGAACGGCCCGGGAGCUCCAAAAGAGGACGGAACAGCUGGAACGUGUCAACAUCGAGAUCAAGUCUCGCCUGGAAGAAACGGUGCAGCUUUACGAACAGAGCCAGCGUGACUUACGUAACAAGCAAACCGAAAUCCAACGCAUUUCUCAUGAGCUCGACAAGACUCGUGAACAGAAGGAUGCCCUCGGUCGCGAAAACAAGAAACUGGGUGAUGAGUUGCACGAUGCCCGCGCCAACAUCACGGAGUUGACCCGCCGUCUUCACGAGCUCGAGAUCGAGCUGCGCCGUCUUGAGAACGAGCGAGAAGAACUCACCGCUGCCUACAAGGAAGCUGAAGCCGGUCGCAAAGCCGAAGAGCAACGUUCUCAGAGGCUGACCGCUGAAUUCGGCCAGUUCCGCCAUGAGGCUGAACGUCGCCUUCAGGAGAAGGAAGAAGAAAUUGAAUCCAUCCGCAAACAGACCAGUAUUGAAAUUGAGCAGUUGAAUGCUCGUGUUGUUGAGGCUGAGACUAAACUCAAGACCGAGGUGACCCGCAUCAAGAAGAAGCUCCAGAUCCAGAUCACAGAACUCGAGCUGUCCCUUGAUGUCGCUAACAAGACCAACAUUGAUCUUCAGAAGACCAUUAAGAAACAAUCUCUGCAGCUCACUGAGAUCCAAAGUCACUACGAUGAGGUCCAGAGGCAAUUGCAAGUAACUCUUGACCAGUAUGGUGUCGCUCAACGCAGAAUUCAGUCUCUCACUGGCGAGGUUGAAGAAAUCCGUGGCAAUUACGAACAGGCCCUCCGUGCCAAGCGCACUGUUGAACAGUCCUUCGAAGAGGCGCAAACCCGUAUUAACGAGCUCACAGUCAUCAACGUCAAUCUGUCCAGCAGCAAGGCCAAGAUUGAGCAGGAGCUGGCUGUGGUUGCCGCUGACUACGACGAGAUCACCAAGGAGCUGCGCGUAGCUGACGAAAGAUACCAGCGCGUUCAGACUGAACUAAAACAUACCGUUGAACACUUACACGAGGAACAAGAAAGGAUUGUUAAGGUCGAAGCUGUUAAGAAGUCUCUCGAAAUCGAAGUCAAGAAUCUCUCUGUACGUCUGGAGGAAGUUGAAGCAAAUGCCAUAGUUGGUGGCAGGCGCAUCAUCAGCAAACUCGAGGCCCGCAUCAAGGAUAUGGAACUGGAGAUGGACGAGGAGAAGAGGAGGCACGCUGAAACCAUCAAGAUCCUCCGCAAGAAGGAGCGUCAACUCAAGGAAGUCAUAAUCCAAUGCGAGGAAGAUCAGAAGAACAUCUCUCUCCUCCAGGACUCACUGGAGAAAUGUACUCAGAAAGUUAACAUCUACAAGAGGCAGUUGACGGAACAGGAGGGCGUUUCUCAACAGAGCGUAACACGGGUACGCCGAUUCCAGCGCGAACUGGAAGCCGCCGAAGACCGCGCUGACGUCGCUGAGAGCAAUCUCUCACUCAUCCGUGCCAAGCACCGCACCUUCGUCACCACCUCCACGGUGCCCGGCUCCCAGGUCUACCUGGUCCAGGAGUCCCGCGCUCUCAGCACAGAGUGAAAAGCCAGUCUUCCGCCCCGCCCCACCAGCAUUUUUUUCACCACUCGAUAAAGGGGCGCAAUUCCGGUCGGGUAUAAACCUAGUCGUUCGUUAAGUGAUGUUUGAAUUCCGAUAGAUAGCGCUAGUGAGCGUGCGAGCACAGUAGCGCCAUCUAGACGAUGCCGGAAUUGCGAACGGGGACGCUCGCUCAGCGGCUAGGCUCGCCCUAACGUUGCCGUGUCUCCACAGUACUAUGGCUGGCCGCCGACCUAGCGUCCCCUGAGAUUUUUUCUAUUGUAAUACCAAAUCAAAUCAAUAAAGGAACCAAAAACUCA